UAACUAACUAACUACUUCACCUAUUUAUCCACAUCGAAAAUAGAAAUUUAGGGCGACUCAUGGGAACCUCUCAUUGGUUGAAAGGCUGCAACAAUCUUAUUUAGUCUAUGAAAAACUUGUCAGAUGAAUUCCAUCCAGCAACUUCACUGGACCCUCAAAAAGAUGAAGAACAACACAGCCUCAGAUGUGAGUGGGAUUUUAAUCUGCGGACUGUGAUUUCUUCAAACUCAACCACCGCCGGAACUGAUGCAGUCGGCGUAAUCGAGUUCGACCAAUCCCAAACCAUCCUUGCCACAGGCGGAAUCGCCCGAAAAAUACGCAUUUACAGCCUCACAUCGUUGCUUCCGCACCACGCUAACGCUCUAUCUUUGCUAGACCAUGCCAAUGCGUGCGAUUAUUACAUCUCUACUCCAGCUAAACUCAGCAGUCUGCGAUGGAAGCCCGGUUCGGGCAGCCGGGUGAUAGGGUCCGGAGAUUAUGAUGGCGUAGUUAUGGAGCAUGAUGUGGAGCGAAAGGUAGCCAUAUUCGAACGCGACGAGCACGGCGGGCGCCGGGUAUGGAGCGUGGAUUAUUCGCAUUGGCAACCCGUUGUCGGGGCGUCGGGAUCGGACGACGGGACCAUGCAGUUGUGGGACCCGCGAUGCGACGGAGGUGGUUCUGUGGCUACGACAGCUGUGCUGAAAAAGGCGGUAUGCUGUGUGGAGUUCAAUCCGUUUGGUGGAUCAAUUAUAGCCGUGGGAUGUGCGGACCGUAGGGUAUACGGGUAUGAUGUUCGGAUGGUGACUCAUCCGGUUAUGGUGCUGGAUGGGCAUAAGAAAACCGUGACCUACGUUAGAUUUGUGGAUAAUGCCACGUUGGCAUCUGCCAGCAUUGAUGGCCGCUUAAGUCUCUGGAAUUUAGAGGAUUGUGAAAUGAUCCGCUCGUACAAGGGCCAUGUUAACCGCAGGAACUUUGUUGGGUUGUCGGUAUGGAGAACAGGCGGGUUAUUGGGUUGCGGGUCGGAGAACAACCAAGUGGUUGUGUAUGACAAGAGGUGGGGUGAGCCAAUAUGGGGUCAUGGGUCGGAGCAAGUGGGCGAUCAUGUGUUUGUAAACAGUGUUUGUUGGAGACAAGUUGAUGAGGAUGAGUGCACACUUGUGACGGGUGGAUCAAAUGGGGUCUUACAAGUAUUCGAAGUAAAAAGGAAGCCUAUGCAUAGCUAAUUAAACUCAAUUAACCUCAUUUUGUAACCAACUGAUUUAGUUUAUUCAGUUAUACUAAUACACAUGUAAUUUAAUUACGAAA